GUUGUAGCUGUGAUGUGACUCAUUGACACACUGUGAAAAAUAGCCGAGUCAGACACUUGUGCUCACACUCACUGCUGAUUGCUGGAUGUUUGCUGAAAUCUCAAUCAAGGGGACGUGGAGCGCUGCCUGGGCUCUGAGGGCGAGGAUGAGGGCAGUGUUUGGGGAAUGGAGGCUCUGGACAGCAGAGAUGCUCAGGAUAAACUCAGUCUGACGGCCAGCGAGGAGACGGAGUCCAGCAGUCCAGCAGCCGAGAGCUGGACCGACCCGGAACACACACCUCGCAAAACACACUGCAGCAUGACCAGUCCAGGUACAGCUCAUGUGUCUGAAGCUCAGUACGAGUCUGUGGUUCAGCUGAGGAAAGUGUCAUCUCUGCUGCAGCAGCAUAACGGAUCCACACACUCAUUUCCUCAUGAGGACACGUCACCCGUCUGCUGGUCACCAGGAGAAAACCAGUCCCCCGAGGCCAAAGAUGCUGGACUGCUGCCCGCAGACGUCCCUCAGAUGGUGGGUCAGGUGUGUCCGUUCUGUCAGCGCUCGUACAGGUGUGAAGCGUCUCUGCGGGAACACCUGAGCUUCUGUCCGGAGCGAGAGGCCGGAGAGUGUGUGUGUCCUCUGUGUGGAUACAACACACCCUACAGGUCACAGAUGGAGUCACACCUGAGCCUGCACACACACGACAAGAGCUCCAUGUGUGAUCCCGGUCUGGAAAACAGGAAGUUCAAGUGUAAUCAGUGUGGGAAAGCCUUUAAGUACAAGCAUCACCUGAAGGAGCACCUGCGCAUUCACAGCGGUGAGAAGCCAUACGAGUGCUCGAACUGUAAGAAGCGCUUCAGUCACUCGGGCUCCUACAGUUCACAUCUGAGCAGUAAAAAGUGUCUGAACGGAGGCGCUGGUGCCAACGGGACCCACUAUAACGGGCACUCUCACCCCACGUACCUCUUCCCUUCGCCAGUGUCGCCCCCUGUGGCCAGUGGCAGGAACAGCAGCCGAGGGAAGGGCUCUCCAUAUGGAUCAAUCACACAGUAUCAGCCGAUGCCAGCUCUGAGCCGGCCUUGGGACCCCACGGAAGAUUUAACCCUGCGGACGGGCGUAUUUAAGGGCACUAGACUGCUCCCGCUGCUGCAGUCGCGGAGUAAGUUUGAACACCUCCUGCAGGAGAUGCUGCGGAAGGAAGUCGGAGAUGAAAACACGCAUAAAAACGACAGGUCUCCAGCAUCCUGGCACUCGGUCCCGCAGCAGAUCCUCGCCCCAAUGCCCACACCCCUGCAGCGGGCACAGGAUGAGAUAAUUGACCCCACAUCACCUGCUUUAUCUGAACGCCAGCAGCUGAUUGGCUGUCGUUUUGGCUCUCCUCCAUGUUUGGAUCUUUCUCCGCGCCAGUUGAACCCUCAGAGCGAGCCUUUAGAUUUAUCCAUUCCUAAAUCACGGGACUGCAGAACCACCAAUGGUUUGUCUCCACAAAAAGAGGCGGGGUUUAGACUAUUGACUCCACCUUUGCAUCACACAGAGGCGGGGUUUAGAUGCUUAACCCCGCCUUUGCAUCAAACUGAUGCGGGGUUUAGAAGAUUAACUCCACCUUCAAAUCAGAACGAGGCAGUGUUCAGAAGAUUGACUCCGCCUUCAAAUCAAACCGAGGCGGGGUUUAGAAGAUUAACCCCCCCUUCAAAUCAGAAUGAGGCGGGGUUUAGGAGAAUGACUCCGCCUUCGCAUCAGCAAGUGGGUGGGGCUUAUGCUGGAGCGCCACUGUUUGGCAACACAGUGUUCAGUGGUUUCCCGCUCUUCAGUCACAUGAUCUCCGGACACAACGGGCUUACAUCCCUUCCUCUAACACCUCCAACCACGAGUCCUGGCUUCUUGUCGCCGGUUGCAUAUAUGAUGGAGGCGGAGCCAGAGGCGGUGCUUAAGAGAAUACAGAACGAUCGACAGGCUAUCAUGACUGAGGCUCUGGGUCGUGGUGCUCUGGAUCUCCUCUCUCUGAUGGAUGAUGGGAUGGAUCCUGAAAUCUCUGCGGGCAGAAAGAGGCUGAAGAAGACAGAUGAAGGCCUGUACGCCUGCGACAUCUGCGACAAAACCUUCCAGAAGAGCAGCUCAUUACUGAGGCAUAAAUAUGAGCACACAGGAAAGAGACCUCACGAGUGUCAGAUCUGCAAGAAGGCCUUCAAACACAAGCAUCAUCUCAUUGAACACAGUCGUUUGCACUCGGGAGAAAAACCUUAUCAGUGUGAUAAAUGCGGCAAACGCUUCUCUCACUCGGGCUCGUACUCACAGCACAUGAACCACCGCUAUGCUUUCUGCAGCCCGGACGGUGACCCAGAGCCAGAGCCGGAGCCGCAGGGCUCCGCAGGAGACCGAGGAGGAGCAUUCCUGACCGACUCCAGCCUGGAGGAAGAAGAGGAGGAGGAGGAGGAAAACACUGACCACUGACACACACACUCACACAUUUACAGAUGUGUGGUAAAUUAUUGGUACCCUUCAGUUUUGUUCAGGCCUGUGGGUUUUAGUCUCAUUUCCACUGAUUUUUAGUUCCACAUCUUUCCACUCCUGCUUGGUUUUAUUCCCACACCUAACCGCUUCCUCUAGAUUUUACAUCUGCUCCCGGUGAGUUUUAGUCCCAUUUCCCAUAAUUUUUUGUUUCACUUCUGCCCGCUCCUGCUGGGUUUUAGUCCCACACCUGACAGCUCCCUCUGGGUUUUAGUCCCACACCUGACCGCUCCCUCUGGGUUUUAGUCCCACACCCACUUGGUUUUAGUCUCAUACCUGACUGCUCGUGUUUUAGUCCCACACCUGACAGCUCCCUCUGGGUUUUAGUCCCACACCUGACAGCUCCCUCUGGGUUUUAGUCCCACACCCACUUGGUUUUAGUCUCAUACCUGACUGCCCGUGUUUUAGUCCCACACCCGACAACUCUCUCUGGGUUUUAGUCCCACACCUGACAGCUCCCUCUGGGUUUUAGUCCCACACUCACUUGGUUUUAGUCCCACACCUGACAGCUCCCUUUGGGUUUUAGUACCACACCUCACCACUCGGGUUUUAGUCCUUUCCACUCCUGCUUGGUUUUAUUCCCACAUCUAACCGCUUCCUCUAGAUUUUAGAUCUGCUCCCGGUGAGUUUUAGUCCCAUUUCUGGUAAUUUUUUGUUUCACUUCUGCCCGUUCCUGGUUCCCAGACCUGACCGCUCCCUCUGGGUUUUAGUCCCACACCUGACCGCUCCCUCUGGGUUUUAGUCCCACACCUGACCUCUCCCUCAGGGUUUUAGUCCCACACCUGACAGCUCCCUCUGGGUUUUAGUCCCACACCUGACCGCUCCCUCUGGGUUUUAGUCCCACACCUGACCGCUCCCUGUGGGUUUUAGUCCCACACCUGACCGCUCCCCCUGGGUUUUAUUCCCACACCUGACCGCUCCCUCUGGGUUUUAGUCCCACACCUGACUGCUCCCUCUGGGUUUUAUUCCCACACCUGACCUCUCCCUCAGGGUUUUAAUCCCACACCUGACUGCUCCCUCUGGGUUUUAGUCCCACACCCACUUGGUUUUAGUCUCAUACCUGACUGCUCGUGUUUUAGUCCCACACCUGACAGCUCCCUCUGGGUUUUAGUCCCACACCUGACCGCUCCCUCUGGGUUUUAGUCCCACACCCACUUGGUUUUAGUCUCAUACCUGACUGCUCGUGUUUUAGUCCCACACCUGACAGCUCCCUCUGGGUUUUAGUCCCACACUCACUUGGUUUUAGUCCCACACCUGACAGCUCCCUUUGGGUUUUAGUACCACACCUCACCACUCGGGUUUUAGUCCUACACCUGACCACACCUGACUGGUUCCUCUGGGUUUUAGUCCCACACCUGACCGUUCCCUCUGGGUUUUAGUCCCACACCUGACAGCUCCCUCUGGGUUUUAGUUCCACACCUGACCACUCCCUCUGGGUUUUAGUCCCACACCUGACCGCUCCCUCUGGGUUUUAGUCCCACACCUGACCGCUCCCUCUGGGUUUUAGUUCCACACCUGACCGCUCCCUCUGGGUUUUAGUCCCACACCUGACAGCUCCCUUUGGGUUUUAGUACCACACCUCACCACUCGGGUUUUAGUCCUACACCUGACCACACCUGACUGGUUCCUCUGGGUUUUAGUCCCACACCUGACCGUUCCCUCUGGGUUUUAGUCCCACACCUGACAGCUCCCUCUGGGUUUUAGUUCCACACCUGACCACUCUCUCUGGGUUUUAGUCCCACACCUGACCGCUCCCUCUGGGUUUUAGUCCCACACCUGACCGCUCCCUCUGGGUUUUAGUUCCACACCUGACCGCUCCCUCUGGGUUUUAGUCCCACACCUGACCACUCGGGUUUUAGUCCUACACCUGACCACACCUGACUGGUUCCUCUGGGUUUUAGUCCCACAACCAACUACUCCUGCUGGGUUUUACUCCCACUUCUGCUGGUUUUAGUCCUGUUCCGCUGUUUUUUUUUUUGUUUCCCACAGGAAUGCAGACCUCUGCAGCAAUAUCUGAUAUUCAUUAGUUUAUUUUCAGCAUUAUUUUAAAUAAUUUCUGUGUAGUUUUUCUUUCUUCAGUGGAAGGGUACCAACAAUUUUGUCCACGUCUGGAUAAUUUACUAUCCCAUUGUUUUUUUUUUCAUAGACUUAAUUAAUAUAGUAUAGACUGUAUAUUCUCUCCUCUACCCCAACUUUACGAAAACCCAAUCCUCACAGGAAACAAUCUGCAUGUUUACAUUUUCAAAAGAUCUAAUUCUGUAUGAUUUAUAAGCAUUAGUGCCCAUGGAGACCUUAAAUUUUGUCCCCAUGGUGACAUAUCCCCAUGAGUCUGUUCGUAUUUAAUUUUAAGUCCCCACUGUGACAUAAAAACAUGUACACACGCGCACACACACACACACACACAGCAGUUGUGCCCUUUUCUUUAUUCCAGACUGUAUUCAACCAACUUUGCACAUCAGAGAAGUUUUGCCAAAGAGAAAUCCAGUAACAUGUCAAAAUAAGUUCUACAAAAUAAAUAAGAAAUUAUAUUUUAUAUUAAAAAUAUGACAUUUUUAGGACCAUUAAGAUUUUAUUGCAUUGACAAUAAAUUCUCAUUAAUGCACACCAUAAAAUAACCAUACUAAUUCAAUAAUUGUUUUUCUAUCUUAAAUGCUCUAAAAUUUAAAUCAUAUUCUGCAUCAAAAUAACCAAAAUAUGUGAACAUUUAGAUUAAAAAAAUCUAAAUUAAAAUGUCUUUAUUAAAUAAAACAUUUUAAAAAGAGAUUAACUAACUAAUAAAUAUAGAUAUUUGAACAUUUUACACAUCACUUUCAUACAAACUUUAUGCAUCAUAAAUGUAUAUGAGUGAAAAUAUCAAUGCAAAAAUAUGAAUGGUUCUAAAAAUAGGUUUAAUUUUCAUAAUACAAAUAGUAUUUUUGUAUAUUUAAACCGUAUAUAUUUUCAGUGUUAUCUUUUCAUAAAAUCGGUGCUAGAUUAAAAGUGCUCAGGAGAAAUAAAACAUAAUAAAUAUUAAAUAUUUCAAUAUAAUAGCCAUUUAAAAAUCCUGAUUUUCUUGCAGCCGUAAUCAAGGGUUAAUUAAUGACAGGUUUGUUCAUCUAUUGUAGUAUGUGGAAUAAUGCACUCCAGACCAUUGAAUUAUUAGAAAAUAAUCCACACCCAAGGUCUGCUUUUCUAAUCAAUUUAAUUUUCUUUUUAAAUGGGGCCUCGUCUGGGAUCAAAAUUAUUUUUAAUAAUUCUUAUUAUUGUUUCAUACAUGCACUAUAACUCACAGCCAGUUUAAACACAGAUUUAGCAUCGGUGAACUGGAGAAACUGGACAAUAACCACAGACAUUUAAUGCUCAAAUCUAAAGUUUACUUUUUAUUUUGCACUCAGAGCUGAUGGAGUCUAAUAUCUGCAUCUAAUAGUGAUAUUAAUAAUCUUCAUUGUGAAAUACAAGCCACAAGUGUCCUUCUGAGAAAUGAGGAAAGUUUUGCACUGAAACCACCUCACAGAACGCAGCUUUAUACAGCCAGUUAUGCAAAUAUAUGCUAAUUAAAUAUGCAAUAAUUAACUAAACAAAAACUACUCAAAACGGUGCUUGUAUUGUGCCUUCUGUCAUUUAUUACUCGACUUCUUUCCUCCUUAAGCAACUCGUCUCAGAUCUUCACCAGUGUUAUUUUAUACUCCUGUAUAUGUUCAUAUGUAACCUUUGUAAUAAAG